AUGGCUUCUGAAGAUGAUUCGAGCUGCUGCGAAUGCGAUGGCUCAGAUUCACACGGAGCAUGCCGAGCAUGCGGAGCAUGCGGAGCAUGCCGGACGAGCAGGUGUGGCUUUGCUGCGUGGCUGGCCAUGCUGCGACAAGAGUUCGGGGGGCGGCUGCUUUUCCUCCUGUUCGCCAUCCAGCAUCUCAUCAAGGGCUUGGGCGCUACUAUUGGCGGCCGUGCCAACCCCUACCUUUGCAAGGAGUAUCAUGUGUCGGCACAGGACAUGCAGAUCUUGAAGACUUUGAUCUUCUCUCCCUACAUUCUGAAGCCGAUGCUCGGCCUAACCAGCGAUCUCUUCCCAAUCAAAGGAUACAACAAGGCGCCAUACUUGCUGCUGGCCACUGGAGCCGGUGUCGCUGCCGCCUUCGUCGUCGGCCUGGCCGAGAUGCCGCUCCGCAUGUUUGUUCUCUGCCUCUUCCUCGUGGAGCUCAUGAUCUGCACGGACGACCUGUUGACAGAGGCAAUCUACUCGCGGCAGAUGCAGGACAAGCCGAUGCAUGGCCAGGACUUGCUGACAUUUGUCUUUGCUGGAAUGUCCUUCUGGUCUUUGCUGGCGAGUUUGGCUUCCGGAUUUCUGCUGACGUUUCUGGGAGCCCGGGCUGUGUAUCUCCUGGUAGCUGCCUGUGCACUCCCGGCUCUGGUGGCCGCCUUUACCAUGCAGGAGCCUCGGAAAAGUGCGUCUGCAGUUCGAGCUGCCCGCGCCAAGAUUUGGAGACAGAAGGAGCUUUUCAUCCUCGCGCUGGUGAUGUUUGGAGCCUCGGUGUCUUUGAGCUCCGUUGCUGCGCUCACCACGCGGCCGGUGGUCAACGCAUCUGUCGCCCUCCUUGCAGCUCUGGUGGUCCUUGCCGCCUUUCUUCUCCUCUUGUCCCCCGUCAUUGCCAAGUUCGCGGCCUUCACCUUGAUACAGACAUCGCUGCACCUUUCCGUGAGUGCUCCGGCCUUCUACUUCUUGACGGACACUUCGGAGCAAUAUCCGAAAGGGCCGCACUUUUCAAAGGUGUUCUACAAUACCUGCCUCGGUUCCGUGGGGAGUCUGGCGACCCUCUUGGGGCUCUACUCCUACAACCGCCUCAGCGCGUAUUUCUCGUACCGAACGCUGCUGCUGGUCUCCAACAUUACCUUCUCGGUUCUACACCUUGCUGACAGUCUUCUCUUUUCACGCCUCAACCUGGCGUUAGGCAUCCCGGACAUGGCCUUCGCUUUUGGCAAUCAGUCGCUCGGACCGGUGGUGUACCAGUGGCUUUGGAUGCCCCAGGUCGGCCUGUUUUCACAACUUUGCCCCAAGGGCAUCGAGGCCACCAUGUUUGCUUUGAUCGUCGCCUGCCACAACCUCGGCGUUGCAGUUGCCAACUCCUGCGGGGCCUUGCUCCUGGAACGCCUCGGCUGUAAUCCGCGCGGGCAAUUGGCCGAGAGUGCGGAAUUCGACAGCCUUUGGCUGGCCUCCGCUAUCGCGAGUCUGCUCCCGUUGAUCAGCGUCGUGGCCCUUGUCGCACUUAUUCCGGACGUGAAGCCGGGCGAAAGAGUCUCGAACAUCGAUGAGGGCGACGGCACGGCGGGCUCGUUGUGGAAGCAAUGGAUGGGCAGUGAGCACACGAUGCUGGUGCAGUCCGAUUCAUCCUGA